AUGCCUUCAGAUCCCGCUGCCAACCUCAGCGCCCUGCUGCGCGCAGCUUCCAUCGAAGACCACGAAGAGGUCCUCAAGGCCGCCACUGCUUCUCUGAAAGCAUCCAAGACCGACAUCGUCGCCCAACGCACCCGCGUUGCUGCCCUCCUCAAGCUCGACCGCUUCGACGACGCCCUCCGUGCGAUUGCCGACGGCGGCACCAAACUCGAGGACGCUAGCCUUUUGGAAAAGGCCUAUGCGCUUUAUAAGACGGGAAAGUUGCAAGAGGCCCGCGAGGUCGCCAAUUCUAAGCCCCAGCGGAGUUUCCGCCAUCUGGUUGCCCAGGUGGCUUACCGAGCCGAAGACUUCAAGGACGCGCUCGACGUCUAUAGCAGCCUGUUGGAGGACGAACAAGGAGAGGAGAGCGAUCUCAAGAUCAAUCAGUUGGCGUCCGCCGCCCAGCUGGAGUGGAAGCUUUCCAACAGCCUCGACGGAGGGGACACGCCUAUUCCCACUGCUGAGGAUGCCGACACCUUUGAGCUUGCCUACAACGUUGCCUGUGGCAUGAUUGCUCGCGGCGAGCUUUCCAAUGCCACGAUGCUGCUCCAGAAAGCCCUGCGCCUCUGCGACGAAUCCGAAGAGCUCUCCGAAGACGAUAAGAAGGCCGAGAUGACUCCCAUCAUGGUCCAGCAGGUGUAUGUCUACACUAGGUUAGGCAAAACCGAGGAAGCUCUCACGAUCCAGAAGCGUCUAUCCAUUUCAGAUGACUCUGAUGCUGAGUCUAAACUGAUUGCGCUGAACAACACCUCAGCUCUUGCGACUGAGGUGGAUAACCCGUAUCUGGCCCAGCGCAAGUUCGACACCGCAGCAGCUCUCACCAAGCAGGCGAAGCUAUUCAAGUAUCAAGAAAUUCAGUUGGAGCAGAACAAGUACAUUCUUGGCCUGCAAGCUCAAAAGUUUGAUGGCGUGUAUGAGAAGUCGUCAAAGGCACUUGCAAAGGCUUCGCCAACGGUAUCUGUUGACACCAACGGCCUUUCAGCCAUCAAUGCUACAGCCUUUGCUUUGCGUCACUCCAAGGCGGUCGACGCAAAGGAGGUUCUCCCUCUGAUUGAGAAGCGUCCCACAGAUGUCGGCUUGCUCCUCACCAUAAUACAGCUGUACCUCACAGCAAACAAUCCCGGUGCUGCGCUAUCCGUCCUUGAACGCUUCCUGCAGAACCUGGAGAAACAGGGCACAUCGGAAGUGCGCUUCUCUCCCGGCUUGGUUGCCUUGACUGUCUCUCUCUACAGACAGCAGGGCCGCCACAGCAACAUACGAUCAGAGCUAGCAAAGGCAUCGUCUUUCUGGGAGAAGCGCGACGGCCGCCACGUCGACUCCCUCCUCCGUGGCGCCGGCUCGGAGCUCCUCAAGUCAUCUGAGCCCACUGAUCUUGCAGCUGCCGGCGCUGCGUUUGAGAAGCUCUGCCAGAAGCCCACUGCGGACCCUUUGGCCGCCGCCGGCCUCGUGGCAGCCUUCGCCACAUCAGACAGAGCAAAAGUGACACCCCACCUCGCUGGUCUGCCCCCUAUCGACGAUCUCCUCCGUGGAAUCGACGUCGAUCAGCUCGUUAGCGGUGGUGUUGCCACCCUCGAAGCCCCGGCCAGUCAAGCCAAGAAGCGCCGCCUCGAUCAACCCGCCGAUGCAGGCAACAAGAAAAAGAGGAGAAGAAAGCUGCCCAAGGAUUAUGUCGAAGGCAAGAAGAUGGACCCCGAGCGCUGGCUGCCCCUCCGCGAUCGAUCCUCGUACCGUCCUAAGGGUAAGAAGGGUAAGAAGAAGGCUCAGGAGGCGACGCAAGGUGGCUUCGUCAAGGAGGAGGAGACGUUGGAGUUGGCGGGUGGCGCGGGAUCUGUAAAAGUCGAAAAGGCACCGACGUCGUCGUCGAACAAGAAGAAGAAGAAGGGCAAGAAAUGA